UGAAAGUGUUGCGGCAGCGGCUGCUGCUAUAGUUCACCUUCAAACGUGCAGGGCGGGGGGCAGGUGGGAGGCAGAGCCCUGCAAGAGAGCAAAGCAUGAAUGGAGGGGUGGAGGAUCUCCUCACUGAGGAAGUAAUCAAUCUCACCAGAGGACCUUCAGGCUUGGGUUUUAACAUAGUUGGAGGGACAGACCAACAAUACUUCUCCAAUGACAGCAGCAUCUAUGUCAGUCGCAUUAAAGAAAAUGGAGCCGCUGCCCUUGAUGGACGCCUACAAGAGGGAGACAAAAUUUUAGCAGUUAAUGGCAAGGACCUGAAGAACAUGCUGCACCAGCAUGCUGUGGAUCUCUUCCGAACUGCGGGCGAUGAAGUGUCAUUAAAGGUCCAACACAGGCUGCUGCCUCAGAACGGUCCUUCAAGCCACCGAGGAGAUGGAGAGCCUGGAGGUAUUCCUUUGGCUGUGAUUUUGGUGCCUGGGCUGGCCAUUGCAGUAGCUGCAGUGUGGGCCUUCCUGAGAUACCGACAGAGGGUGUGACAGAUGCCUUCACCUUUAGAGAGACAUAGAAAAACCUACAGAUCUAUGGAGUAAUUUAAAGAGAGCCAAUCAACGCUUUUAUUUUUGGACUGAUGUUGGGUGGUGGGGAGAACGUCUUUGCCUGCUGUAAAGUUGCUGCUGCUGUUUGUACUGUCAUGAAUUUCAUGUAUUUGGAGAUGCAGGAAGGAAGUACGAUAGUUUAUGAACAGGGAUGCCCCAGUUCACUGAUCUUGCAUUCGACUGUUCAGUUCCUUUCCCCUCUUUCCUGUGCUCCAUGCAUGUUCACAUACUUGGUGUUUUAGAACAGGGACUGUGCUACAAGGAUGUCUCUUGUUCUCUUUGUGGCCUGACAAGCUGCUUCUGAAUCUUGGAAGAACUUCUGAAGCAAUUGGCAGUGCAGCAUAAAAAGCUGGGCAAGGGGGUGAGUGGUGGGGUGGGUGAAACUCCCUGUAGCAUUCAGAGAAGUGCUUUUGCCUGCCCAAGGAGGCUUCUUUAAAUCACAGGCCUAGCAUCUAGUGGGAAGUGAGGAAAGGUUAUGGGCCUUUUCAUGAAUUAAACCUGAUUUGAAAAUAUGGCCUUUCAGGUUCUCAACCCCUGGAUACUCCCAUCGGUAAUGAUAAGUGAAAUAGCGAUGGGGGAUGCCUGAGUCUUUUCUUUCAGUGACAUUUUAAUGAUGAUAUGCCUUAGAGGAACACAUUAGGCUUAAUCUUGUAAUUCUCUAGACUAUGUCCCGCUAAAAUAAGCAACAAAUGUGGAGGUAUUGGGGGGUGUAGCUUGGCAAAGUCAGUGAGAGCAACCAGCUGGUUGAGGACUGGCACUAUUAAUUCAUACUCUUAUUUGGAGGUAAGUGGCAUUGAAAUCAGUAGUGUUGGCCUCCAAGUAAAUAUGUAAAGGAUUGGGGUACAAGAAAGGUUCCUCGGAGAUACAAUAGUAAGAUUUUAAACAAGUGCUUCUCAGUAUUCUGAUGCCAAUGGAUUUAGCAAUUUUCAUAAUGUUUCUAAACAAACUGAACUGAAGAAGGGUAUGGAACACAAUGGCCAAAUAACUCAUUGGACUACUAGGUGUGCAACUUUAACGGAAAGCUAUAAUGGGAUAAAAUGUUGUUUUUCCCCAUUUAGUCUCUGCUGCAGGUGAUUUGCUAUCAUCAGCUAGCUAUCAUCCCAGUACAGAUUUGCUGUCAUCAGAUCCUCUAGGAAACAGCUGUUGCUAAUACAGUCUAUUCAUGUCUACGACUUCCAUGUUGAAGAGCUGAAUGAUGUGAUUGCUUUCAGAUGCUUCUAUGACUGUAAUAUACUUUAGAGGAUGGUAACAAGCUUUAAUUCUAGGAAACAAUCUUCCCUGUCACUACACUCAUUGUGCAUCUGCACUAGAAGUGCCUGUGCUGCUCUUUUGAUGGUUUAGGGGCAGACUAGAAAUGUGGGGAAAAUUUAGCUACAGGUAGCUAUAGAUUUCUGGUAGGGCAGAAUAUACUGGUCAUGCGGUUGGGUCUUGCGGUACAGUUAGUCAGGGGCAUCAGUGUGAGCUGAAGAUCAGUGACUGCAGAGGGUUGGGUCUAAGUCUACUCUACUGUACGGGAUGUGCUUCCGUUUCAGUUCAGGCAUGCCCUUUACUGUCUUCUGGGAGCAGGAAAAUAUUCUGUACCACACCAAUUUUGUCCGAAAGCAGUUGAUCUGGGUUGGGAACCCAAGUUAUCUUCCAUCAGCUGGAUUGGAUCCAGACUAAAUUUUCCAUCAGUAGAAUGCAACUUUCUUGCCUCUCCUCUCCUACUGCAGUCUACUGACUUCUAUGAAAUGCUGCUUCUGAGGGAGAAGGGGUGCUGAGGUACGACAUAAGGGAUGUCUGCAGUAGGAAUAGGGAAUAGGUGGAAAUUGCCUAUGUAGUCAGCCCAGUGAUUUCCUCCUCCUUGUAUCACAACUCAUAAUAUUCCUGAGGGUCCUCUGACCUCAAAAAGCAGCAUUUCAGAUAAGAAAUGGAAAAGCAGGAAAUACCUCUUCUGUGAGUGGAGCUCUAUUCAAGGCUCUUUGGAUCCCUCUCAGCAUGCUAACAGAGGUUUGUCUCUCUCAGAUCCUAAACGCCUUAACCUAAUUAAUAAUAAGCCCAGUGGAACUCAGUUGGGGUUACUUCCAAGUAAACAUGUUUAAGAUUUAUCAAGCAGGCUUUUAUUUAAACCACAAGCACACAGUAUCUUGUCUAAGUGAUGGAUGUCCUGUCUUCGUGCUAUAUAUUUCUUGACUGGAGAACCUGCAUUGUAGCCUAUAGAGAUGUAGUGCACAGUCUUUCAGCUGUGCUGGCCAGUGAAAAUCGGUUAAGAUGAGGUGGAAAUGGAACUUGAAGGCAGAGCUGCAGCAAUUUCACUUUCAAGAUGGCGACCCUCCCAUUCUGCUCACGUUGCUCAGUGACCUGAAAUCACUGAGGUCAUAUCAGUUUCGCUUUUUCUCAGAGCAAGUAUGUUUUGUAUUUUACAAAAAAUGUGUGUGAUCUGUAUGAUGCCAAAAAAAAAAUACAUAUGCAAUAUACAUUCUGAGUCUUUAAA